UUGAUGCCUGAUGUGAAUGUGGCCAUUGUGUGAAGAAACGUGGAGAGAGAGUCAGGAAGGCAAGCAGAGAGGUGGCAGCUGAGAAUGGGUGAAGGGAUAUAAAAACAUAUGCUGGAACAGAUCAAGGAUCCAUCUAGUCCAGUAUCCUGAUUCCAGGAGGGACCAGCCAAAAGACUUCAAGAAACUCACAAGUAGACCAUGAAGGCAACAUCCAUCACUUGUUGUAAGUCUCCAGCACCUGGUACUCAGAGGUGCGGAACACAUCCUGUUUUGCUUCAUGGAAAUGGCUUGGCUUUGUUACACCCUUGGGUAUAUAUAAGGAAUUCUCAGGGCUCCUGUUGGGAUGCCAGAUUCUUUCUACUCCUCAAGAACAGCUUUGACAGAUCUAAAAGAACUCAAGCUGCAAACAUGAUGUCCUUGAAAGUUCUGUCCCUCCUUUUGGUCUCACUCACCUUUGUGGUGAUGGAGGAAAAUGGCACAAGAGAAAACACAAUGAACUCCAGGUUCCUCCAGAGGCGAUAUUCGGAGGGAACUUUAGCAAGCGAUUACAGUAGAACUUUGGACAGCAUGCUGAAGAAGAACUUUGUGGAGUGGCUCUUGAACAGGAGAGAGAACAAAAUUGAGACUGACCUGUCCAAGAGAGAAGAUAAAUCCUCAUCAUUAGGUACAAAAAAUCAGGACAUGGAAGCUGAAUCCCAGGAAGCGAAGGAUUUCAUUAUUUGCAUUCUGCAAAAUAUGGGGAAACAGAGUCUUGCUCUGCCAAAAGGUUCCGAUGCCUGGAAGGACGUCCUGAGACAAGAAAAUCUGACAUGGUUGAUUUCUGCUGACCUCUGCAGGCCAACGCCUCAGUAGCUCACAGCUUCCUUGAGAAAGAUGGAUUCACUUCUGCACUUUCCUUGUUUUGUACCUUUUGGUAUUGAGUGCCAAUCAAUAAUGACAACAGCA